AUGCAUUUCCUCACGGCCCUAGUCCCCGCCCUCGCUUUAACGCUCCCCCUGGCUGCGGUGGCAUCUCCUAUUCAAGAGUCCGACGACGUUGUCUGGGCUGAUUUCAGCGACAUCCAGGCUCGAGGCGAGCUCAAUGCCCGGCAGGGCGUCACUUGUUCCCUCGGCGGAAAUCCCGCAUGCAUCGCCAGGUGCCAACUUCUACGCGGAGUCGGAGGGUACUGCAGCUCUCGAGGCGUUUGCACCUGCUUCCGUCAGCCAACAGCUAAAGAGUAA